GUGCAUUUACAUAUUUAAUUUUUUUAUUUUAUUUUUUUUAUUUAUUUUUUUUUUCCUAAUAUAAAUACAUAAUGCCAAAUAAUAAUGAUCCACAUGAAUUGCUUCCUGUGCUUUGUCCAGUAACUCAUACAGCUUCUCCAUUAUCGAAUGGAAGAUUGAGAAUUCAAAUUCUUAAUUGCUUUUUAAAUGUAAAAGUAAAAAGACCGUAUGUUAUUCUCACUUUAGGAGAUCAACGUUAUCAAACAUCUGUUUCAGAAUUUCGUGAAGGACGCUGGAAUGAAUAUUUUGAAUUUAUUGUAACAUUUCAUGUACAAUUGUUUGGCACUAUUCAACUCGAUUUAUAUGAUAAUUAUACAAUUUAUCCAGAUAAACAUGUGGGACGUACGGAAAUUCGUUUAAGCACGCUUACAACUAUGCCAGAGACCUUUAUGAGUUAUUAUGAGAUUUGGGAUAAGAAAUUAUCAACAGGCGCAAGUUCAAGUAUCGGUCGCGAAAGAGCAGGUGUCAAUAACGUAGGUGCUUUGCAAAUCAAAAUAUCUUAUCAAUUUCAAAAACCUUUAGAGACUUCAAACAAAGAUCAACAACAGCAGGAACAACUUUUAGAAAAGUCAAUUAUGCAUGAUUUGCCUGUGGGAUCGACUAAUCUCAUGACAGAAGAGCAAUUGGCUGCUGAAUUAAAACGUCAUUUACAAUUUCAUCGUGAACGAAAGAAAGCUAACAAAGGUGGUAUAAGAUUUAAGAAAUAUGAAGAAAAUGAAGAUAUUUAUAAUCAAGGUCUUGAUUACCCUGAUGAAAGUGAUUUGAGUGAAUAUGACGAAUAUGAACUACAUUCUAAUCAUGAAGAUGUGGCUGACUCAUUAAUACAACCCUUAAAAAUGAGUAAAAAGAGAGUAGAAACAGCUUCCUAUCAUAGAAAUAAACUUGAUGACGAUGAUGAGUUUGGAGAAAUGAUAGCUGCACCUGAGCUUGUUUUUAAACAAACCUCUUCUUCUUCUUGGUUCAACUUUUCUUCUACUAAAGAUAAAGAUACCACUACACCUAUGAAUUAUCAUCAAGAAACAAAGCGACAUCCUGUUCAUAAACCAGAUAAUGGGAACAUCAGAACUCUCCCUGAGGAUAAUCGAAAUAAUAAAAAAACCAUAGACCACCGCAAUUGGGAUGGUCCUGCUGAGAUCAGUCAAGUUAUUAAAUCAAUUGGAAAACUCUUGGCUUCGUUUGGCCAAGGCUUUGAGCUGACUCAUAUGCAAGUCAUCACAGGUUUUACAGUAUUGGAAAAGUUUUAUGCAGACUUGCCACGAAAUCGAACUUGGGAUCUUGUUGAAAAUUUAUCCGAGAUUGAUAUGGGUGCUCGAUUUUGGAAAUUUUCAAUAGCAUCUUAUGGCUGGAAGGGUUUGAAUUUUAUAGGAAAGGGGAAUGGCAUCUUUUCAGAUGCAAUACGUGAGCAUUCAGAUGCAAGAUCAAUUAUUGAAUAUUUAGCUAUUCCAAAAGAAGACCUUUUAGCAUAUGAGUUUAGAUCAGCAGAAGCAUUUAGGCCAAGUUAUUUUAUUGCAAGGGACCGUUUUACAAAUUCCAUUGUUUUAUCUAUUCGAGGAACCAUGAGUGUUAUGGAUACUCUUACAGAUUUAGUAUGUGAAUAUGAGCCAUGGAAAGGAGGGUUUAUUCAUAGUGGUAUGAAGAAUUCAGCAAUAUGGUUCUUGAGACAUGUUGCGCCUCAGCUUAUUGCUUAUACAAAUGAACAUUCUACUACAGGAUUAAUUAUUGUGGGUCAUAGUUUAGGUGGCGCAACUGCAGCCAUUUUAACAAUUAUGCUGAUGGAUUAUAUUGAUGAAUUUCGCAAAGGAAAAGAUGAAUUUAAGUUACAAUGUUUUGGUUAUGCGCCUGCAUGUGGAUUAAGUUUAGACUUGGCUGAGAAAUAUAAGGACAUUAUUCAAUCGUAUAUAUUUGCGGAUGAUAUAGUUAGUAAAUUGAGCUAUGGUUCGAUGAUGGAUGUCAAAGAUUUAAUUAUUGCCAGUUCUGAAGCCGUUCGAAAUAUGGGUGUUGGCGAGAUUUUAUGGUCAAGUGAUCCAGAUGGUCAAAAAUGGAAAGCUGCGUUUAAGCAGAUAGCUCAAGUUCGGGAGCGUUGCUUGAAGACAAUGGAAAAUCCAAGACUAUACGUAGCAGGACAAAUAUAUCAGUUCUGGUUGGACCCUACACCUAGUAAUGAUACACGUAUUGUCGUUGAAAAAACAAAUGCUAUUACAGCAUGUAAUGAAGUUGUAGUGAAGAAGUCUAUACUACUAGAUCAUCUUCCUACCAAUUUUGAUAUAGCAUUUAGAAGAGCACGUGAAACGUUGAUGAUGGAAGGAGGUAGUUCAAUUCUACCUCAAACUAAGAAACCAUCUGCUGCAAACGGUGUCUUAGAUCCUACAAUAACAGAAGAAGGUGGUUUGGAUGAUAGAGUAAAACAAGCUCAUCAAGAAGAUCAAAUGAAAGAAGACACAAACCAAUCUCUUUGGGAUACAGUUGCAAAAUUAAGUUUAAAAGGAACUACAGAUAGAACAGGUGGAGAUGGUAAAGUGAUAGGACAUAAGGCUUCUCGCUGAAGUGGAAGAAAUGAUUAUCAACACAAAUGUAUAUACACAAAUAAAUCAUCAAAUUACGUAGUAUAAAUAUAAAGCAUAUAUCAUAAUAAAUUUAAAAAUAGUCAAGG